AUGGCCGCUCUUCUCCAGACUCUGACGUCCCACGUCCGCGUUCCUCGCGCCUCUGACCGCGUGUACCGCGACGAGUGCGUCUUCUCGUUCGACUGUCCGCUGUCUCCUUCGGGUCUCUAUACGAAUUUGCACUCGUUCCUCUCGUACGGGGCCUCAAGCCUCGCGUUUGACCGCAACGGCACGUCCGUCUACUUACACCAGCACCACCAGCGCAAGCUCAAGCCACGCACGGCACAAGUUGACAACGGAAAGCCCACGAAGCUCGCGAUAGGCGUUGAUGGAGGCUUUUCUGUCGAUGCAGACGACAAGUUUGAGCUUACAAAAACGUGUUUUGUUGUUCUAUUGGACUCGGAGCACCAGGAACAGGUCCGCGUGCCUCUAGACGAUCCAGAUGUCCCUUUGGAAAUCAAACAAGCGGCUGAGGCUGUGCUGCAACAUGCAGGAAACACUGUCAGUGAGGAGGUGGCGUCCUGGCAGGAGGAACUCAAGCUUUCCAAGUACGCAGAGCAGCUAGAGCAGCUACCGGCUCCACCACAGAUUGCGUCGAACCCGUUGGCGUGGAAGUGUCAAGGCCCUCAGUGUGAUAAACAAGAGAACUUGUGGCUCAAUCUCUCGGAUGGCUACAUUGGCUGUGGGCGACAGAACUGGGAUGGAUCAGGUGGAUGUGGUGCUGCACUGACGCACUUUAGCGAGACGGGAGGAAAGUACCCACUGGCUGUCAAGUUGGGCACGAUUACAGCAGAAGGAGGCGACGUGUACAGCUAUGCACCUGACGAAGAUGAUAUGGUCAAGAACCCGCUCUUGGCUCGACAUUUGGAACACUUUGGCAUCAAUGUCAACAAUCUACGCAAGACGGACAAGUCGAUGAAUGAACUACAAGUGGGGCUAAACCUUUCGCAUGAGUUUGACGCUGUGACGGAGGUCGGAAAAAAACUUGUACCCGUGUCAGGGGCAGGGUACAUUGGUUUCAAGAACUUGGGCAACAGUUGCUACAUGAACUCGGCGCUGCAGCUGCUGUUGGCGUUACCGGAGGUCCAGGAACGAUAUUUUAAGGACACCGAUACGAUUUUUGCCACGGUCGACACGCCGUCGGUGCUCCCUGUCGACGACUUUGCUGCACAAUUUGCUAAGCUUGCGAAUGCAGCACUUACGGAUCGAUACAAGAAGCAAUUUCGAACGCUCGAGGACAGCAGCAAGAAUGUUGAAGAGGACGACAUUCGCAACAUUGAUCUACGACCCACAACUUUCCGUGCUCUUGUCGGCAAAGGCCACGCUGACUUCUCGACGGGCCAGCAGCAAGAUGCUGUGGAGUAUUUGCAAUAUCUUUUGGACUUUAUGACUCGAGUCGAGCGUGUUAGCACGAACCGCUUAGGACCGCUUUUUGCAGGUGGCAGUGCCACCAGUGCGGAGCUGCCGACUGCAAGUUUGUUCAAGUUAAAGCUAGAGGAUCGUGUGCAGUGUAUUGCUUCGAGUAAAGUUAAAUACGUGCCGCGCGACGACACGGUCUUGCAGUUGCAAAUUCCCCUGGAGGCAGCCACGAACGCGACACAGGUGACUGCAUUCCAGGUGCUAGAGCAAAAACGUCAGCGCCUUGUCGACGACGGGAAAUCUGAGAGCAAUACAGGUGCUGAUAGCGAAGAGUGUGUGGUGCCUAAUGUCCCAUUCGAAGCUUGUGUCGAAAAGACGUUGGCACCCGAAAUUAUCGACGAUUUUCUGUCCCCGGCAACAGGCAAGAAGGGUCAAGCACAGAAGACAGUUCGCUUCUACUCAUUCCCGCGUUAUUUACUCGUGCAAAUGCGACGCUUUUACGUAGCUGAAGACUGGACGCCAAAGAAGCUGGAAGUCGAGGUGAAGGUGCCCGAAAAGUUUUCGCUGACACGAUAUUUGUCCAAGGGUCUUGCAGAUGGUGAGGAGGAAAUGAUGGACGAUCCUGUAGCCAAUGCGACGAAUGAGAGCGGUGCUGGUGCCGCGGUAAAUACUGCGGAUGAAGCUUUGGUAGCUCAGCUGGUUGCCAUGGGAUUUUCCGAGAACGCCUGCAAGCGUGCAGCGAUUGCGACUGGCAACUCGAAUGCUGAAGCGGCUAUGGAAUGGAUUUUCAGCCACAUGAACGACCCAGACUUUGACCAUCCGCCUUCGCCAGCACGUCCUGUAUCCAAGGCUGCUGGCGAGUCAGUCAACAUGGACAUCGUGUCCAGUCUAAUGGCCAUGGGCUUCGCAGAGUCUCACGCCAAGUGUGCGCUUAAGCAAACAGGAAACGAUCCUGACCGUGCAGCUGAGUGGUUGUUCAGUCGCAUGGCCGAUCUAGAUAGUGCUGUCGCCGACUGUGAUCACGAUGCAGUGCCAUCAGCAGCCUCGUCUGGCUCCUCUGAAAAUUGCUUGGAUAGCAAGGUGGUUGGCGACUUCUCUCUUGUAGGUUUUAUCAGCCAUGUUGGCAAGAACACCAAUUCUGGGCACUACGUUUGCCACAUGAAGAAAGAUGGCCGCUGGAUUAUCUUCAAUGAUGAUAAGGUGGCCGUGUCGCAGGAACCACCGCUAGGCGCUGGUUAUCUUUACUUGUUCCGUCGCACUGACCCCCAAAGCUAG